ACAAGUAAUUGGUUCCUUUGUCAAUAUUAUGUGGAAGUUUGUUUAGUAAUGUUUUGUAGUUUACGGAAACGCGAUCUCUGCUACGAGGAGCCCAGUUAGCGUAUUUUGUAGCGGGAGAGCGGUUUAUGAUACACGAGAGAUUUUUCGCCCUCUUGUAUCAUAGAAGAAAAACAAUACCAAGAGCGAGCAGAAAAAAAAAGCAAAGAGAAUUGCUUUCUCGACCGAGAUUUGAUCCUCGAACGCAGUGUCAGAGUGAAGUGUAAAAUUAUUUGUGUUUUUAUCGGCUCGUCCAUCAUACACACCCGGGUGUAUGCUCGCGCGCUCUCUCUGUCUAUCUAGCUCUAUGUAUCUCUCCGUCUCGAAUUCAAUCGAUUUUGACUUAUCGACCGAAUGGCUCGCUUAGCAUAUAGUUUUAAUCAGUAGUACCGCGUUGAUUGUUGAAUGAUGCGGUCGAAAACCGCAAACGUAAGCGAGUGAUUUUUUUACCAGCGUACAAAAAAAAAAACAAUUAUUCACCGAGCACACGGAUGGCAUUGGUAGUUUGCACUGGAACGUCAGCCAGAGUGACACGCUGAGAGUGAUCCGAAGAGUUUCCAAUGAUAAAUCAUGAAAAUAUGUUGACAACAAAUAUUUGGAUCCUCGUGUAGUGUUUGUAAUGAAGAACCCCUUUAACCGAUUACACGACGCAUGCAAUAGUGAUAACCGUGGUAAUCAUAAACGAAACAAAUUUGUGCAAUAUAUCGUUUUAAACACACUACAAGUGAUAUACAAGUUCGUUGAUAAUGCUGACAAAGGUGAUAUAUCGCUAAAAUAUCAACGUUUGUGUCAAACUGGACAGUGCUGAGAAAUGAUUCAGGUCGACUCUGUUGGAUACUCAAGAGUGAAGGAUGAAUCAAAUAAUGAUGAAGAUAUGAAGGAGAAUGGUUGUAACGAUAAAGAAAACAAAAUCCAUAGGCCGUCGGUAAAAUCAUUAUCUAAAAUGUCGGACGAGUUUACCGAGCAGGACAGUAUCAAGCGGGACAGGUUGAAUGAUCAUCAUCUUUCUACGAGACAUCAACAACGUGAUCGCGAUGAGAUUGCGCAUAACGAGGAUCAUUUAAGUGACGAAGAGAACAAUGACGACGACAACAACAGUCGCACUGAAGACAGUGAUAGAAAUAAAAGAAACGAUUUUCAAGACCGCAGCACAUCACCGCAUGGUUCUUUGGACGAAUCUCCGGCGGCUAAUGUUGCUGGAUCUACGGCGGCUGCUGUUGCUCUUGCGGCCGCCACAGCAGCAGCGCAUGCUGCAGCUGCGAAAAGUCCUAUGGCCAACGCAAGUUCAGCUUCACCAAACGAAUUUAAUCCUUCGACAUUUUUUCCACCACCUGGACAAAUGUCGAUACAAGCCUUUCAAAAUGCAAUUGCUCAAUUCACUGCCAAUGCGUUGGCCAACAAUAUGGACAAUGAUACGGUAGUGAAAAAUCUUGCUAUUCUUCAGUCUGCACUUUUCACACUACAACAGCAACAGUUUUUACAAUUUCAACUGAUACAACACCUUCAGUCUCAGUUAGUGAAAAAACAAGCAGUGAAAGAUGAUGCGUCGAAUGAUUCUGGAAGUUCUUCGAUUAUGUAUCAUAGCCAUAACAACAACAACAUCAACCAUAGUAAAAGAAAUGAACCCCAGGAUCUUCGCAAGCAAGAUCGACUUGAAGAAGAUGAUGAAGUUGAAGAGGAAGGUGUUGAAGAUGCAUACAGUAAAAGCUUCCAGAUGGCUAAUAUAAUGGCUGCUGCAGCAGCCGCGAGCGUUGAGAAUCGCCCAAUAAUACAUCCUGUUCCUGAAGAAGAACUAAGGAAACCGAAAGCUUCUGAACCAUUCGUGGAGAAGCGACCACCUUUAGAACCACCUAUAAUGUUACCUUCAUCAACGGCAGCAUCUAGCAUUGGUUCCACCUCCACCACUACACUUUCGACUACUGCUCGAGGUGUCGCAACAUCUGAGAGGGAUGAGAUUUUACCAUAUCAAGAUUCAAAUUUCUCUUCUCUGGCAGCGAGCAUAAUAACUGAUCAUGCACCAUCGACUAUGUUUGAACCAAAUUCUCUAGCUAUGCUAGAGAAGAAAGCCCAAGAAGUCCUUAAUUCUGCCUCGCAAGGCAUCCUGUCCAAUAAUUUGCUGGAUGAGCUAGCUUUCGCUAAUGAUAAAUCAUCUCCAAAUGGUCGAAACGAUGCUGCAUUGUUUAAACAUCGCUGUAGGUAUUGUGGUAAAAUAUUUGGGUCUGAUUCGUCACUGCAAAUCCAUAUUCGAUCACAUACCGGAGAACGACCGUACAAAUGUAAUGUAUGUGGAAGCCGUUUCACUACAAAAGGAAACCUCAAAGUCCACUUUCAGCGACAUUCUGACAAGUACCCGCACAUACCAAUGAAUCCAAAUCCGGUGCCGGAACAUUUGGAUAAGUAUUUCCCCCCAUUAAUUCCACAAGAGGCAUUAAAAGAGCAGCAGCAGCAGCAGCAACAACAGCAAUCGCAACCCCCUCCUGCAUCUAUUCCUCCACCAGGACCUCCUACACAGUUUUCAAGUUCAUUUCAACCAAGAGGAUUUUUUCCGGACUUCUACUUACCUCGGCCGCCAUUGGAUAUAUUUUCUAAUCCUUUGAAUGAACCUGCGCGAAACCCGGUUGAUCUUUCGCAAGUCAAGAAACCAGUAGAGCCACCGAGAGAACCUACUCCUGAGAUGAGACUUUCGCCAGAGGUGGUUAUUCAUGAGUCUCCUCAUAUCAAACAAGAACCUAUGGAAGAAUCAUUGGACCUCUCAGACAAAUCAUCAAAAGUUGCCCAAAGAGAGGAAGAAAAGGAGGAAAUAGAGCAGGAGAAGGAAGAUAAUACCAACACGAACAAUAGCACCAGUGAAAAAGAGUUUCCACUGAAGUUGAAGAACAAUUCAGUUGAAAACUUAGCUACCGUUCCCUCAGUAUCUCCUCCAUCAAGCUCAUCAUCCGGAUCACUUUACCAAGAUACGGUGCUUGAUCCAUCAUUCUAUUCAGCUCAUAUGCCUCGCCCAGACAGCAAUGACAGCUCGUGGGAAAACUUUAUUGAAAUUUCCUCAGAAACAUCGAAGUUACAAGAGCUGGUUGAUAAUAUAGAUAGCAAAACCACCGAACCAAAUCAAUGUUUGGUAUGUAAAAAAGUACUCUCCUGCCGAAGUGCACUUCAAAUGCAUUAUCGAGUUCACACUGGUGAACGACCAUUCCGGUGUAAAAUUUGUGGUCGAUCGUUCACGACAAAGGGCAAUUUAAAGACACAUAUGAGUGUUCAUAGGAUAAAACCUCCCAUGAGAACCUUACACCAAUGUCCCGUGUGUCAUCAAAAAUUCUCCAACAUAUUUGUCCUUCAGCAACAUAUCCGCUUACAUACAGGGGAAAUGACAGAUCUUACACCUGAUCAAAUCAAAGCGGCAGAAAUCAAAGAAUACGAGGGGCCCGAUAUUCGAAUGAAUCCAUUCGGAGUUAGGUUGAAUGAUUUUCCCCCGAGUAAUCAUAAUAAACGAAGUUUGGAACAUUCGGAUGAGGAAAAUGAACACGAUGUGAAUGAAGAAAAGACUCAUAAAGUACCAAUAAGCGAAAAAUUAAAAAUAAGGCCAGGCCUUACUUCGCCAGCCAUGGAGAAUCAGGUCGAAGAUUUACGUGCAAUGAAUCUUCAACGAUUAUCGGUACGAUCGCUGCCAAAUGAAGAAUUCUCUCGUGAUUCUGCAUCUGCCAGUCCCAAUUCAACGGAGGCUAAGCGUUUAAGAUCAUCCAGUCCUAUCGGUUCCGUCUCGUCAGUCAUGUCCACAAGAUCACCGAUGUCUACGCCACCAACCUCCGGAGGAGAACAAAUAGGAGCCGGUGCUGCUGGAAGAGCGGCAGCUGCAGUCGCUUUUCCGUAUGGUCCACCGUUCCUAGGAAUGCCUCAGUUUCCACCGUUCAUUAGUAGACCACCGUUCCUUGGGAAUGUACCGAUAGUGCCACCUGGUUCGAAUAUGCCUCCAUUCGGAUUGUUCGGCGUACGUGGAAACACAACAACUUGUAAUAUUUGCUUUAAAACUUUCGCAUGUAAUUCCGCGCUUGAAAUUCAUUAUCGAAGCCAUACGAAGGAGCGCCCAUUCAAAUGCACAAUCUGCGAUCGAGGAUUCUCUACAAAGGGAAAUAUGAAGCAGCACAUGCUCACUCACAAGAUCCGUGAUAUGUUUGGCAGCUCGGGAGGCAAUUCCGGAGAUGAGUCACGCACACAAUCUCCACCGCAAGAUCCUAAUUCUAAUUCUGGCGGUGGUACGACAGGGGGAGGAUCGAACAACGCCGUCAAUAAUGGCAAUAACCGAUUUUCUCAGUCCUAUUCUUCUGCUCCUAUGGAUAUGACCGAUGACUACACUUCAUCAGGCGGGCGGAAAAGAGAACGUUCCAAUUCUAGUAACUAUGACAGUACUACGACACAAUUCGUUAAACAGGAAAAAGAUAAUGCCAUCGACGAGAAUGGUUCCAAUAGCGUACACUCGAAUGCAUCGGAGAAUACAUCCAACAAUAACUACCAGGAAUUUAUCAACAAAGAUGUGGACAUCAAAAAUUGGUGCCAAAAGCUGAAGGAAAUGCCAGAAAAUAUUGCCGUGCCGCAAGUUGAUAAUCCUACAUAGGAAAAAAGUGCAGAGCCCGAUCCGGAAGUUCUUGUAUAGCGGAAAUAACUUGAAUUUGCAAUUGUGAUAUAAACAUUGCAUGGUGAAUAGUUGGAAUGUUCCAUCUCACAAACUUUCAUAGAAAUUGAAUUCUGGUUGUAACGCUAUUGCCGCAAGAUAUUUCAAAUCAUAAUUAAAAUUGUGAAAGGCAGUACAGGAAAAGGAACUAGUAAUCAAAUGUGCGAUCUCAGAUACAAUCCCUAACUUCGUUUUAUUGAUGAAGGAAACCGAAUUUGUAUUUUAGAAAUGAAAGUGUCUAUUUUUGUAAAAAUUGUAACAUAUCAUCUAAACUUUAUAUUCGCUGGUUGAACAACUGAAAGCAUGAUGUUGCAUGUUUGAAAGUGAAAAGAAAUCAAUGCAUACAAAAUGCUACACUUCUAUGGCAUAAGGUUUGAAGAGUAUUCGUGGAUAGAAAAGAAAAAAACGCAUAACGAGACAGAAUUGCUAGUAUCCUUGUACAUAUACUUCAUAAAAAAACGAAGGUGAAACGAAUCGUAAAAGAAUGCUAUGAACCAAUGAUAUGGAUCGAUCGAAUCCUAAAAAGAAUAAUCCACAGAGACUGUACAAUCCGUGUUAAGUUGUCGUGAUCUUAGAUUCAAGAGAAGAACAAGUAAAAGACCGAUAGGUAAGAAACAACUGAAAGUUUGUUUUUUGUUUAACUAAUGCCUAUUUUAAUACCGAGAAAAAAUAGGAAAAUUGUUUUGUAUAGAAAUUAUAUCGUAGCUAUCACCUGGGCUUAGCAGCUCUUUUAAAAGUACUGUAUGUGAGUGUGUCACUGUAUGUAUGUACCUAUAAACAUAACAUUGAAGUAAUAUAUUAUGCUUUAUGAAAGUCUAAAUCAAAUAUCUAUUUAAAGUAAGUUAUACAACAAACCUGAAAAGAUAUUUGUAAAUGUAUAGUUAUCGAGAAAAGAAUACAAAUUGUAGUAAAUUAGCGGUGACAAAGAAAAGAGAAGAAAUAACAUUCGGGCAGAAUUUAGAACUUCGUGUUGACGAAUGUAUUAACACAACAAAUCAAAGCCAGGCAUACCAUGUUUCAUUUUAAGAAAUCCGAAACAGUAAUAUUCUUCAAUGACGAUAGUACAGAGAAAAAAAGAUUGUAAAUAGCGUUAAGGUUAAACAUACUUGAAAAUGUCUUCAUUUUCCCUCAAUCCUAACCCCAACAUCCUUGCUUAAGUUGAUCCAUUUUUGACUUUCUUUUAUCACUACAUUUGUGAAUGUAUAUGUAUACCAGGAUCAUAAAAUUUAAUUGAACAACUUUUUUGUGAUAAUUUAUGUUAUGAGGAUUUAUACUUUAGGUAUUUAUAUUCUAUUUUUACGAUACUGUUUUUAUUGAGAAUUAUGUACAGCAGCGGAAAACAAAAUGACAAAAUAAUACACAACCAAGAAAAAUA